GGUAAUUGAAACCAAUCUCAAGCUUUCUUAUGCUUUCUUUCUAGCAGACCUAACUAUUGCUGACUUAAGCAUCAGAGUGUCUACCCCAAGGACCAACCUUGAGGCCUUAUAGUGCUCUUAACAUCAUGUACUAUUACUGUUUUGAAAGCCUUGGUCUUAAUCUUGCUCUUCUACAGAAGUAUGAUGGCCCCAUCUAUGGGUUUAACAACCAGCCAGUCCCUGUGGAAGGAGUCCUAAGGCUCAAUGUGGCCUUUGGUUUAGAUCAGACCUAUGUAACUCCUUCAAUUUGUUCCCUACACCUAUGGGAAUGGCGACUUUGUAAUCAAGAAAUAGCCAGGCAUUGCUACAUGACCUCUGUUGCUCGACCUCAGAAAGAUAAUGCCAUAACUCAGCCAUCAGAGCUAGCUCGACUAGAAGGCCCAAGUGCCCAACAGGUGAUGGGUGUAGAAUUGCCAAACAAUGGAUCUAAUGAUGAGACUAAAGCCAUCUCGGUGGAAGAGGUGAAGGAAGUGCAGAUUGAUGAUAAUGAUCCCAUCAAAAAGACUUCACAAGUUGAGCACCAAUCUCCUGAAGAAGCUUGUAGCUCAAAAAAGACAUCUGUUUGUGGUGGGUGGUACCAUAAAGUUCACAUGGCACCCGAGGAUGAGGCCAAGGCUUCCUUCUAUGCGAGGGAUGAGAUCUACUAUUAUGUAAUGAUGUUGUUUAGGCUAAAAAAUGCAGGGGUUACAUAUCAAAAAAUGGUGACAAUUGUAUUACGAGCUCAAAUCGGUAGGAACUUGGAAGUCUACGUUGAUGACAUAGUAGUCAAGAGCCUCAAGGUAGAAGACCACCUGGUCGACCUGGCCGACACGUUUGACAACCUAAGGAAGCACAACAUAAGGUUGAAUUUUGCAAAGUGUGUCUUCAGUGUUGAAUCAACCAAAUUCUUGAGAUUUAUGGUUUUUAAGAAGGGGAUAGAGGUUAAUCACGAAAAGAUAAAGGCAAUAGAAGAAAUGAAGCUAUCGAAGUCAAUCAAGGAUGUACAGCACCUAAUUGGACGGGUAGCAGCUUUGCACAAGUUCAUCUCUAAAUCAGCAUAUAAGUGCUUACCUUUUUUCAAAGUCUUGAGGGCUUUUGAUGAGCUCAAAACAUACCUCAACUUGCCACCUCUGCUGACCAAGGCUGAAAAGGGUGAGAUCCUUUAUCUUUACCUUGGCAUAUCUGACAUAACAAUCAGUUCCAUUUUGGUUAGAGAAAUGGGAAAGCAGCAAAGAAUGGUGUACUAUACAAGUAAGAUUUUAUCGAAGCCAGAGUGCUCAGGAAGGCUCAUAAAGUGGGCAGUGGAGCUGGGGGAAUUCUAGAUCACAUUCCAAUAGAAGUCAACAAUUCAA